CCGGGUUGGCUUGGAGAUUACCUUCUGGAUUGAGGAGUAGCGAGGUAUCGGGACCAAGGUUCAAAAGAGGCGUAAUAUGGCCACUAAUGUUAGUCUGGACCCUGAUGACAAGUGCAGCCGCUAUGAGGUUGUGGCCUGGAUCAAUGAAACAUUACACACCAAGUUUAGUCAAGUGGAGGAGUGUCGUUCAGGUGCAUGCUAUUGUCAGCUCAUGGACUGUCUCUUCCCGAGGUCCAUUGACCUGUGCAAAGUGACAUUUCAGGCCCGCAGUAAGGCUGACUUCAAGAAGAACUAUAGUCUCCUACGGGCAGCCUUUGCGAAAGCAGGUGUCACAAAGUCAAUUCCUGUGGAGGACCUUAUGAAAGGAAAGUUUAGAGCCCAUUUGUCCUUUCUGAAGUGGUUCAAGAAAUUUUUCUUUGCCAAUGAGAGACAAGGAAAUGGAUCAUACAACCCAGUUGAAGCCCGUAAUGGUCAAGAUAUUGCAGUUGUGGAUAUUCCUGUUAAGUCUUCAAAACCUUGGAGAUCUUCAAAUUAUGCCAUAGUAAGACCAGAAUCUGACAAUAAUGAGGAAUUGAAUGGAAAAAGGCGGGUGGUAAGUUAUGAUCCUCAAUGGCAAGAAACCUAUCCGUGGGUCAGGCACAGCAAUCUCGGGGCCAACUGCGCUUACUGCGUUUUGUGCAACAUCAACAUUGUUCUACACACAGGCUUUUUCGAUAUGAAACGACAUCAGAAGACUCAAAGACACGAAAAGCAUGAAAUGGGUUCACUUAAUUCAUCUGAGAGAAAGCAGGUUGAAGACUCCAUUUCAUGUUCUGAUACCAUGCUGCUCUUCAUUCAGACUCAUUGCCUCAACAGUUUGCACUCCAGGAUCAAUACCGUCUCCCAACGGUCAGCAAGAUAUAUUUUAGGACUGCAGUAUCCGAAUGACAUUGUUUCUGCUUGCAAGUUAAACCCAUACAGUGUUUACGUGCACGGUCAAGUGCCACUAAAUGGAGAAAGUGGAGAAAGGACCACCUGCCAUGUGGUGCUCGUGGGUUAUUUUGAUGAAAAGCAAGGAAAAUAUUGCAUCCGUAUACUUGACGUCAAUCAGCCUUCGGCUGAAGAUUCGGAUUGUUCUGCAUCCGCACCUUUACUCGGCAUCCUGCAAAAGUUUGAGCUCCCUCCCCACAACAUGGUGGCUUACUACAUUGAUGAUGAGGAUCAUCAAACUUCAGAGAGUUUCAAGUCACAGAUUCAGGAACUCAACCCAAAGGUAGUUAAUCUUGCCGGACUUUACAGUUUACCAGACUCUGCCUGUCAUGCUGCUCUAACGGCUAAAUCCAGUCAGGUUCAAGAGCUUAUUUUGAACAUCUAUGGACACUACUCAUCCUGUUCCACAUAUAAUGACAAUCUCAAGAUGCUGUUUGCUGGCAUUGGUGGACUAAAUGAACAAAGUCCAUCCGUUACAAGCAGCAGUGAAGAUUUUUGUGCGCUUGUUCAGAGGAUGCUCGGAAUGUGGACCGAUUUGGUGUCAUACUUUGCAUCCUGCAAUGACAACAAAGAAAAAGUCAAACAAAUUUGUUCCCAACUGGAGAACCCUAAAAUCCGAGUCACCUUCAUGUUUCUGGAUCACAUUCUUGGACCGCUCCGUGCUUUUGGGCAACGCCUGCAACGCUGCCAAGGUUCUGCUCGUGGUGAUCUUGAGCAGAUCCUUCGAGAAGCGAGCGGACUGCUACGAUCGUAUGCCUCCAGCUUUCUUCGCCCUCAAGCAGUCAUACGUUACCUGAAAGAGCGAAAUGCAGCCAUUAUGGAGAACACCGCGUUCUGUCUUCCUGCAGCUGAGCUCAGCUUGGGUGAGGCAGUCGAGGAUUUCAUCUCAGCACAUGAGGAACUAGAAGACUCCCUGACUGAAUUUCAGGACGAGUGUUUAGGGUUUUACAAAACACUGACUACCUCCAUCGCCGAUUUUCUACCUCUGAGUGAUGGUGUGCUCAGGAGCAUGUCACAACUGCUCAGUCCAGAAGGAAGGUUAAAGGUCACUGGAAAGAGUAUUGUUGAACUUGCUGUACAGUUUGGUUUCUGUGAAAAAUCUGAAGAUUCUGCUAAACUCACAGAUGAGUUCUUGGAGUACCAACUUGUUGAGGAUGAUGAUACAUUUUCAACCCUUUCACUGGAACUGUAUUGGGCUAAUGUCCUAAAGACCUUUGCACCAGCCUCCAUCUUCAGGAGACUUGUUUUGAGUCUCUUAGCUUUGCCUUGUCCAUCUCUUGAGUCUGAAAAGAUCUUUGCUCAGGCUGUUGAAAAUGGCGAUGCUUGUCAUUGGGAUGAUAGUUCAGCUGAAAGUGACACCGAUGUCACAAAAGACCUUGAUUCUACCGAUGACUCCUCUAUGGAGCCCACUGAAGUCAGGAUGUCACCUAUUCCAAAUGGAAAUAUGGAAAACGCCACAGGAAACACAUCAGAGAUGUUUCUACACUCAAACACAGUGAAGCCGUGUGUGGUGCGACUGGAGAGGAUGAGCAGGCAGAGAGAAAUGGAGUUGAGGGAAGAUGGAGCGGAUGAUGAUAUAAUCUGGACUAGUAACACAUUUCAGAAGGACGCUGUUAGGGGAGUAUUCGGUUGGGACAGCAGCUUACGGCAGAAACCGCAGGCACGCACAGUCUUUCAGGCUGGUUCAGGCACCUGGAGCAAGCCAGUGAACCUUGACAAGGACGGCAAGCCUGAGGCGGUGAAAAAUGAUAUUUCUUCCCCGUCUGGUGUUUCAACGUCAAGCCCUAGACCUGGGAAAAGAGAGCAACCGUACCUGGAUGGGAAGGGUUUUGCCAUUGGAGAACUGGUGUGGGGAAGAGUGAAGGGUUUCUCAUGGUGGCCCGGGUUAGUGGUGGUGUGGAAGGGCAGGUCGCCUCCUGUGGCAAUGAGACGUGUGGAAUGGUUUGGAGAUGGCAUGUUUUCAGAGAUUCAUGCAGACGGCCUGCUUCCCUUCGCUGCUUUUACAAAGUGCUUUUGUAGUAAAUCCUAUGUAGGUCUGCCAACUUACAAAGAAGCCAUUUACCAAAUCCUGGAGUUGGCAGCAGACCGCAGUGGAAAGAAUUUCCCUUCCUUUGAGAAAAGAGAGGAUGAGUCAAAAGCCAUGCUGGACUGGGCAUUUGGAGGCUUCAAGCCAGCAGGUCCCGAUGGCUUUUUGCCUUCUGGAGACAGCUCUGCCAGUACUAAAACAGAGUCAUCAGAUUCUUCUGUAGUCGAUUAUCAGCCACCAGCCAAGAGGAAAUAUGUUCACAAGAACAAACAAAAUCAACAAACUCCGGCACAGGAUUACACCAGAGAGCAAAUGGUGCACGAGGUAUCCGUAAAGAGCAAAAACAUUGAAGAUUUCUGUCUGUCCUGUGGAGCCAGCACCAUUGCCAUUUUCCAUCCUCUCUUUGAGGGAAGCCUUUGUUUUAAAUGCAGGGUAAACUUCACAGAGACGCUGUACAGAUAUGAUGAUGAUGGCUAUCAGUCAUACUGUACUGUGUGCUGUGCUGGGCUGGAGGUCAUUCUCUGUGGAAAUGCUAGCUGCUGCAGGUGUUUCUGUAAAGACUGUUUGAAUGUGUUGGUUGGUCCGGGAACAUUUGAGAAGCUGAAGGAUGUCGACCCGUGGAGCUGUUACAUUUGUCUGCCCUCUAAAAACUAUGGCAUUCUCAAGCUUCGAUCUGACUGGAGCGUUCGUGUCCAGGAAUUCUUUGCAAAUAACAGUGCAUUUGAAUUUGAGCCACACAGAGUCUAUCCUUCCAUUCCCGCUCAUAAGCGCCGGCCAAUCAGAGUCAUUUCCCUGUUUGACGGAAUUGCAACAGGGUACCUGGUAUUAAAAGACCUGGGCUUCAACGUGGAACGCUACAUUGCCUCUGAGAUCUGUGAAGACUCCAUCGCUGUCGGGAUGAUCAAACACGAAGGCAAAAUUGAAUAUGUCAAAGACGUGCGGACCAUCACAAGGAAGCAUCUGGCGGAGUGGGGGCCAUUUGACCUCUUGAUUGGAGGAAGCCCCUGUAAUGACCUCUCUAUGGUGAAUCCAGCAAGAAAAGGUCUUUUUGAAGGCACUGGCCGGCUAUUUUUCGAAUAUUACCGUAUGUUAACCAUGAUGAGGCCAAAAGAGGAUGACGAUCGACCCUUUUUCUGGCUGUUUGAAAAUGUUGUAGCCAUGAGUGCUCAUGAUAAGGCAGAUAUCUGCCGCUUCUUGGAGUGUAAUCCUGUGAUGAUUGACGCUGUGAAAGUGAGCCCUGCCCACAGAGCUCGUUACUUCUGGGGGAAUUUGCCUGGAAUGAGCCGACCACUUGCUUCUUCACUCAGUGACAGCAAUGAGCUGCAGGGCUGUCUGGAAACUGGACGAACUGCAAUGUUCAGCAAAGUUCGCACUAUUACCACCAAGUCCAACUCCAUUAAACAAGGGAAGAUGGGACCCCUCCCUGUGCAGAUGAACGGGAAAGAAGAUUAUCUGUGGUGCACGGAAAUGGAGAGAAUAUUUGGGUUCCCCAAGCAUUACACAGAUGUGAAUAACAUGGGGCGGAGUCAGAGACAGAGGGUUCUCGGACGGUCCUGGAGUGUACCCGUGAUCCGACACCUCUUUGCCCCACUGAAGGAUUACUUUGCCUGCGAGUAAAGUCAGUUCUGGCAACAGACAUCUAGAUGAGGAGUAACUGUCUACCCAAAGUUCCUAAAGUGUCUCAGAUAAACGAAUUACAUUUUUUUAAUGUUUUUAAUUGUUUCUGCAGACUCCGACCUCAAUAUUUUGUCUGUUUUUAAAGUUUCAUUUGUUGAAAACUUUUUUAAACGGGCGUUUGGAUCUGGUUUUGUACCUCAUAAGUACUGUAGCUUUUAAUCAUGUAGACGUUUAAAACUGAUUUAAUGCUGGAGAGAGCCACAUGAAACUCCACCCACUACCUCAGUGCCAUUCUGUGAUUGGUUCAUUGUCUGGGGAAAUGCCUCCUUAUGCCUAUUUAUAAUUUAAUGAAUAAUUUAAUAAUGAAUCUAGUUAGUUAGAUCUAGUCUGGUAUCUGGAAAAAGGUUUUAACCUUAUUUCAUAUUUUUACAUCAGAUCAGAUCCUAAUUUUAAACGGUGAAAAUAUUUUUCUCAAUUAAAAUCAACAACAGGAUUUUUUUCCCGUUCCACGGUGCUAUUUUAUAACAAGGAAUGUUUGACCACCAUGACAACUGUACACAAGUCAGCAUUAGAUUAUUGUUGCCUUAUUUAACAUCACUUCUAACCGAAGAGAAUAGUAAGCUUAUUAUGAUUCCUAGUUUAGAGUCUUAAAAUCUUGAUUUUUAAGAAAACAACAUUUUGCUCUCAGGAGCUCAUUCAGCCAGUGAGUACACAAAUGAGUACUCAGAAGCACAAAAUAUUGUCUGUGCCAUUUUAAUUAAGCAUUAGGUUGUUGACACACAGGAGUAUGUUGACUACCCUCCAACUUUUCAAAGCAUUAGCCUCUUAUCUCAUUGUUUUAACACAAACCUUUGUCAUUUUGUGGCUCUGCAGUUUCUGGACCACUUUAUUGCUAUGUGGUUAAGGGCUUGAAUUCAAAGUACGUGCCUAUAGUUUGAUAGGAUAUAUUUUCAAGUAGGUGGAAUUGUGAGUUUAACUGGGAUGGUUUUUGAUGACAAUAAAGGGAAUUAUCUUGAUAAUUCUGAAUUUAUUUUGUGCACGUUAUGUCUACAUAGUUUUUUUAACAUUUUGUGUGGUCUAUGAAUUACAUUUAUAUAUCAAACGGUUGAAAACUGUCUGUGAGAAAUUAAGUGCGUUGGAAUGUUCGAUGAGGAUUUUCUUGUGUUUUCUUUGUAGUUAAGUAGCCUGGUUUUAUUUAAAGCUAAUCCUAUGCUUUUUUCAAAAAUCAAACAAAUAUGUGUGGUAAAAUAUACAUCAUCUCAUGCAUUAGUGUCUUGAUGCCGAGUAUUUAACUAUUAGCAAAGCUUUAGAAAAUCUCACAAAGAAUCUUAUUGACAUGUUAUGUGUUUUGUGAAAUGUUUGUCUCUUUUAAGUGAGGGUAUGGUUUUGUACCUCAUGGGAAUAACACCCUCAGGUCUUUACAACACCAGCAGGCCUCGUGGUUUUUUUUAAAGCCACCUAAUUAUUUUAUCCAAUACAUUGUGUAAAGAAAAAACUAUAUAUUUGUACCCUUUAAUACCUCUUUUUUUGUUAAAUGGUUUUACAAAACCCCGAUUUCAUUUGGUGCUAAGUGAAAUGCUAUGUGUGUCUCUAGAGCUUUACUAAAAGUAAAGAUUGACAUGAUUUGUUUUGUUUUUUUUAACAUUUGAGAUAGUUUAGGCAACUUGACUAGU